AUGUCAAUUUUGUGUACAAUAAGCGGGCAAACGCCCGAUGAACCUGUAGUAAGUAAAACUGGAUAUAUUUUUGAAAAACGAUUGAUUGAAAAACAUAUUAAAAAUUAUGGGAUUUGUCCAGUAAGCGGAGAAAUACUAACUUUAGAAGAUUUAUAUCCAAUUAAAAUUGAAAAGUUUGUAAAACCUAGACCUAUUACAGCCACAAGUAUACCAGGACUAUUAUCAAUUUUUCAAACAGAAUGGGAUUCAAUGAUAUCUGAAAUGUUCAGUCUAAGAACUCAUGUUAAUGAUGUUCGAAAUCAAUUAAGCCAUUGCUUAUAUCAAUAUGAUGCAGCUACUAGAGUAAUUGCAAAAUUAUUAAAAGAAAAAAAUAAUUGUCAAGAAGAAAUAAAUAAUUUACGAAACCAAAUUUUACAAUUAAAAAAUGGAAAUGAUAUAUUAGAUGAUUUAGAAAUUGGAAUAAGUGAAGACUUAUUAAAUGAAAUGCAAAAUAUUGCAAAAGAAUUAUUAAUGAAUAGAAAAAAAAGAAAAGUAGAAAAUGUUAACUCACCAAAUGAAUGGAAAAAAAUUACAAGUACUAAUGAGUUUAAUAUUCAUUCAUCUAUAAUACCAGGUGUAACUUGUUUAUCUAUAGAUAUAAAUAAAUUAAAAUAUAAUUAUGAUGAUGAUCAUAAAAAUCAUAAUUUUUUUUCGGGAGGAAAAGAUGGUAAUAUUUAUUAUGUCUCAUUAAAUAAUAAUAAAAUUAUAUCAAAAUUACAAGGUCAUUUAAAAAAGGUUAAUUCAAUUAUUUCACAUCCAUCAAACUCUAUAUGCAUUUCUGGAUCAAAUGAUAAAACUAUUCGAAUAUGGAAAGGUGAUCCCGAUACAAAUGAAUAUGUAACAUCACAUAUUAUCACAAAACAUAAAGAUAAAAUUAAUUCUUUAUCAUUACAUCCCCUUGAAAAUUAUUUUAUAAGUUCAUCAAACGAUAGCAUAUGGAUUCUUCAUGAUAUGGAAACAGGGAAAACUAUUAAAACAUGCAAAAGUAGUCCAAGUCCUUUUAAAAAUUUAUCAAUACAUCCUGAUGGAAUGAUGCUUGGUAUAGGAUCAGAAGAUUCGAAUAUUUAUAUAUACGAUAUUAAAAGUCAAGAAUAUAAAGCAUCAUUAACAGGUCAUACUAAAUCGAUAGAAUCAAUUUCAUUUAGUGAAAAUGGAUAUUAUUUAGCAUCUAUUUCUAAAGAUAAUACACUAAAAUUGUGGGAUUUAAGAAAAGCUACAAGUUUCCAAACUAUCGAAUUAGAGAACACUCCAAAACACAUCACUUUUGAUUAUUCGGGAAAAUAUCUAUCCCUUUCAGUAGGAAAUGAUAUACAAAUUUUUAAUUUCGAAACAAAAAAUCAAGCAAAUUUAAUCACCACGCUUUCAUCACAUACAGACAUAGUUACACAAACCUGUUUUGGUAGUAGAACAUCAUAUUUAUUAUCAAGUUCUAUGGAUAAAACUGUUAAGUUGUGGAGUUGA